AUAUCUAAGCGUCAAUAUCACGUCAUGCUUGUGUCUACUUAAAGCAAACGUAUAUCUGUCAACAGAACACACCUAGCUAUUCCAGUGGACUUUUUUUUAUAUGAUGUAGACAAAUCUAUUUUUUACUUAAGGUCAUAAGAAACAUAAUUGCAUCCAAUAGAUAAUUGGAAAAGGGGAUUAGGAAAAGAAAUCUAACUAGAUUUUUAGCUGUUAACAAAUUUUAUACAAAAAUUUAUUUAAGCUGUUUACUUGUAGGCCUAAUAUUUGGAUUUAUUCAAAGGAUCUCAGACUGAUUCAAUGGCUAUUAUUGGCAUCUAAAAAGAAGAAUGGAUCUUCUCCUCAGCUCACCAGUUCAAUGUCAUAUUAAAGUUGUCAUCAUCUCUCUAUUGAUGAUAGUGGUUGGUGUGAAUGCUAAUGAGGGUCAGUGCCUUCACGAGCAACAUGACAACAUGGUGCGUUUCCACUGUCCUGUUCAUCAUUCCUACCAGAAGAUGAUGAUGAUGUGGACGUUUCGUGAGGUGUCCAUGCCCGCAUCUAAAGUUUUUCUGUCUUGCCGAGGUGGAAUCUGCAGAGAAGAUACGCUCAAUAGACAUACUCCAUACUUUGACACAAAUUUGGUGCUUCAAGACGGCAAUGUUGUUCUGAAUUUUAUGCUGACGACAUAUACAAUCACCAAACUGAAAGUCAAGUGCUACAAGUAUUUUCAUUAUUCUCGUACUGACACAAAGAUCUGGGAUAUUUCCUUGACAGACAAUCAAGAAAGUGAGAGCAAAGAUGAAUAUUUCUUACCAAUAUUUAUCUCCCUUGCAGUCUUCGUCACGAUUUUAAUUUUUGUGGUAAUAGUUUGCUUGGUGUGUCGUCGGCGUAAAAACUCUCGGCCACGUUUACCAAGGCCACGGCCAACAACAUCAAGAGUGCGGGACCGUGUAUCUACUGCUGCAAGAAAUACUCCCCAACAAACGAACGUAUCACUUUGGCUGACCCAGAUUUCAGCGCAACUUCAGACGUCUUCCUACAUCCAGCGACCACCUCCGUAUGACGAGCCCCCAUCUUAUGAGUCCCUCGAUCAUUCGGCUGGCCAUAUAGCAAUGAGAACAAUUUCUAUCAUUAAUGAAGGCUUAUCAGAGUCACGUGACUUCGACUUGGAACCACCCCCACCUUACCCAACCACGUAAUGAUAAAUCUAUACAUAGUCUCCCAAAUGUCAACUAUAGUGAGAAUAACGUUGUUAACAUGGGAGUCAACAAUUUAUACGCUCAUUUGAUUCUCUAAAACUAAGCAAACCUGUUACCCGUAAUAUGUUUCUCACAUCGAUCAUACGAAUAUACUUGUUGAGUAAUAUAUUAAAUCAAGUAUGAGAAGUCAAAAAAUAAAUAUAACACUAUUUAUGAAGACCUUUGUCUUAAGAGUAAUAAUGAUAUUUUCUAUUGUCUGUCCAUUUGGAAGAACUAAGAUGCACUGCAUCACAAACAUUGCAGCCACAGCCAUGUAGCACUAGAUGUAGACAAUAAAGGACUUUUUAAAUCUAUUACUAUUUUACCUUAAAAGACUGAAACUAAUUUUAGUUCAUCUGUGCGACACACCCAAACACACAACUAUGUUAUUUCAGUAUGAGUUUGUUUGUGGCAACCAUCUAUGUACAUUUCUUUAGAUAAGUAGUGUAAGGUUCUGGUCUAUGAACAUUAGGUUGAAAAGAACUACGGAUGUUAAUUUUGCACUACAUAUGUAUGUGGAUGUUAAUGACCCAAUUAGUUAUUAUAAUAUCCAUCAUAACCAUGCUUUGCAUUGUCUCUACAUCAAAAAAUCAAAAUAUGAAGAUUGAGUUUAA